AUGGGCCCAAAAAGACAACAAACCGACGAAGAGCGGAAUUUGCAGCAGGUCGAAGCAAAGAGACGUCGUGCUGAGGCGCAGCGUUUACGGCGAGCAAAUUUGACUGAUGAGCAAAGAAAUCAGCAUAGAGAACAAAAUUCUCAAACAAAACGUAAUCGUAUUGCAAAUAUGUCAGAUGAGGAAAGAAAUCUGCAUAGAAAACAAAAUGCUCAAUCAGAACGAAAUCGAGUUGCAAAUAUGUCAGAUGAGCAAAGACGCCAACGCCGAGAAAAUGAUGCACAAAAUACAAGGAAUACGCGGCAAAAUAUGACAGCUGAGCAGACAAGUUUAUAUCAAAAUGUUCAUAAUAUGCGGUUAAGUACCUCACGAACAAGAGUGCGACAACGGAGUUUAGCUGCAACAAUAGCAACAGCACUAACUGAUAAUUUUGAUGAGACUACUAUUCCACUACAUUCAUGUGGGCAAUUAAACUCAGUUUGUCAGUUCUGCCAAGCUAAGCAUUUUGCAAGCGAACGACCAACAGAUGGAUAUUUCAAUAUCUGUUGUAAUAAAGGCAAAGUAUUUCUUACACAAAUACGUCAAUCUGAAUUUUUAAAAGACUUGCUAACAAAUAAUCAUGAACAUUCGAAAAACUUUAUGGAAAAUAUUCGAUCAUUUAAUAGUUCACUGGCAUUCGCAUCUAUGGGAGCAAACAUAGCUCCGCCACCUGGAUAUGGGCCAUAUGCUUUCAGGAUUCAUGGCCAAAUUUACCACCGUGCUGGUGCAUUAAAUCCAUGCAAUGGAGGACAAAGAAAAUUUGCACAGUUAUACAUUUUGGAUCCAUAUGAGGCCAGUGAACAAAGAUUAAGAAUGUCUGAAAAUUCAAAAUGCAACCCUGAUCUUAUGAAUGAACUUAGCCAAUUUAUGACUCAACAAAAUCCAUUUGCGGAUGCAUGCAAAAUGCUGCAUGAAGUUGAACAAGAAAGCAUUGCAGAUGCUCAAUUACAUGGUGUUGAACCUUCAACUGUUUCCAUGGCAAUAAUUCAAGAUCGCAAUUCUGACUUAAGGCGCUAUAACGCUCCUCGCACAAAUGAGGUAGCCGUUAUUUUUCAAAAUGGAAAUGGGGAUCCGCCAUUAGAAAGAGAUUUAAUUAUCCAUUGUAGGGUUACUGCCGACAAUCCAGACCAACGAGCCUGUCAAAGGAUAAAUAUCUUGGAUCCUAAUUUGGAACCAAUGACUUAUCCAUUACUGUUUCCAUAUGGAGACCAAAGCUGGGGACUUAACAUUCGUCUCCAAGAUAGACCAGGUGUCUUGCGAAAUAGACCUCAAUCAGCUAACCCAAGGCAAAAUGUUACUCAAAUGCAGUUUUAUGCAUAUCGAUUUGCCAUUAGAGAUGCAUUUAACCCUUUCUUAAGUGCUGGAAAACUUACUCAGCAAUACAUAGUUGAUGCAUAUGUAAAGACUGAAGCAAAUCGUCUUAACUACCUAAGACAGAACCAGAAAGCACUCAUGGCCGAAAGUUAUCAAGGUCUUAUUGAUCACAUUGGUUCAGUUGCUGAGCAGCAAGGACUAAAUCCUGGGAAACCUGUGAUCCUUCCAUCUUCUUGUCAAGGAAGUCCCAGGAAUAUGACUCAGAAUUAUUUAGAUGCAAUGGCAAUAGUUAGAGAAUAUGGUACUCCUGAUUUGUUUAUAACAAUGACGUGUAAUCCCAAAUGGAAUGAAAUAACUGAAAAUCUGGGGCCUGGCCAAAGUGCUGAGUUUAGACCAGACUUGGUUGCCCGUGUUUUUAAAAUUAAACUGAAAGAACUUUUGUCAGAUAUUUGUGAUAAACAUGUCUUAGGAAUCCCUAUUGCCCAUGUGCAUGUGAUUGAAUUUCAAAAAAGAGGCUUGCCUCAUGCCCACAUGUUGAUAAUUUUGAAAAAAGAGUUCAAACCUUCUGAUUGUGAUAAAAUCGAUAAAUUAGUUUGUGCCGAAAUUCCAAAUAUUGAGACUAAUCCACGUCUUCAUGAAAUUGUUACCAAGCACAUGAUUCAUGGACCGUGUGGAGUACACAAUUUGAAUUCUCCUUGCAUGGACUCAUUAACAAACGAAUGUACAAAAAAAUUUCCAAAGGCAUUUCAAAAUGCAACUGUCAUCGAAGGAAACAAAGGUUAUCCUUUGUACCGUAGAAGAAAUAACGGCAUAUCCGUUAUGAUAAAAAAUAAAAGAAUUGACAAUCGAUGGAUUGUACCAUACAAUCCAUCGCUAUCUUUAAAGUACAAUUGCCAUCUAAAUGUCGAAGUAUGCGCAUCAAUAAAGAGCGUGAAAUAUCUUUUUAAAUAUGUCUAUAAAGGUCAUGACUGUGCCAACGUCACCAUACGUGAAGAAACCACUCUUCACCAUUAUGAAAUACAAACCUACAUGGACUCAAGAUAUGUUAGCGCCCCUGAGGGAGCUUGGCGACUUUUUGGCUUUGAAAUGCACAAACAGUCACAUACCAUUAUUAGACUUGCUGUGCAUCUUCCUGGUAAUCAAAGUAUAGUAUUUAAUCCAAACGAUGUUGCCCAAGCUGUUGCUAAUAAUGAACAUCGCCAUACUACCUUUACUGCAUGGUUUGCUUUAAAUAGUACUUUACCAAGUGAUGAGCAUUGUUUAUAUGCCGAUACCCCAAAAAAAUAUUGGUUUCCUCCGAAUUUGCGAGUCUGGCAAAAACGCAAGCAGGAAAAACGUGGGGAGAAAGUCAUCGGACGUAUGUAUACAGUUAGUCUCCAAGAUCAUCCCGAAAGUUAUUACUUGCGGCUUAUGCUUUUGCAUGUAAAGGGAGCAACAUCUUUUGAAAAUUUGCGUACUUUUAAUGGUGUUCGUUGUGACACUUUUCUUGAAGCAUCCAAAAGAAUGGGGUUAUUGUCAAAUGACGAGACGUGGGACAACACCAUGGCUGAUGCUGUUAUUAGCAGCAUGCCCAGACAAUUGCGUGAACUAUUUGCCACAAUUUGUGUAUUUGCUUGCCCACCUAAUAUACUUCAGCUGUGGGAUAAGUACAAAGAAUAUUUGAUUGAAGACUAUAGCCGUCACCCAAACCAUGAUGCAGAUUGUAUUCAAUGUGAGAAUCUCGCUUUACGGGAUAUACAAGAUAUUUUUAUAAUACAUGGCAAAAGUUGUAAUGAAUUUGGUCUCAGAACUCCACCCACCAACAUUCCCCGAAACAUUGACGAUUAUUUUGAUGUUGAAGCCGAAAGAGAACGUGGGGCUGAAAUGUAUGAGACCUUAAAUGAUGAACAAAAGGCAGCAUUUAAUACAAUCAUUGAAUCUAUAAAUUGUAAUAUACCGCAAUCUAGAUGCUUUUUCUUGGACGGUCCCGGUGGGAGCGGAAAGACAUACUUAUACAAAACACUUUUAAGUACUGUACGAGGUAUGGGAGAAGUUGCACUUCCUGUUGCAUCAACUGGAAUUGCAGCAAAUUUGCUCAAAGGUGGAAGAACAUACCAUUCCCAGUUUAAAUUAAAAGUGCCUUUGGAUGAGACGUGCACAUCCUCUAUUAGACAGACUUCUUCUGAAGCUGAAUUAAUCCGAAGGGCAAAAUUGAUAAUAUGGGAUGAGGCCACUAUGGCACCAAGUAUAGCCUUGGAUGCAGUGGAUAGAUGCUUAAAGCAUCUCAUGGAAAACAAUUUACCUUUUGGUGGUAAGGUUUUGUUACUUGGAGGUGAUUUCCGACAAACCCUCCCUGUGGUUCCUCAUGCAUCUAGGGCCGCCAUUGUUGAAUCGAGUGUAAAAUUCAAUAAAUAUUGGGAGCACUUUAAAAUUCUUAAGCUCCACAAUAAUGUUCGAUCUGAAGAUCCUGAAUUUAGCAAGUGGCUAAUUGAUCUUGGUAAUGGUAGUUUACCAACAACCGAAGUUUUGCCUGAUGAUGUCAUUGAGAUUCCAGAAAAUAUGAUACGCACUGAUUCAAUUGUUGAAGAGAUUUUUGGCAAGAAACUUACUGUGCAGGAUGUGCACAAAUUUUCUAAAAUGGCAAUCCUUUGUCCAAAAAAUGUUGACGUUGACAAAAUCAAUGAAGAUGUACUUGAUAUCCUCGAAGGAGAGAAAGUCACAUAUCUAAGUUCUGAUUCGAUUGUUGAUGAAACUGAUGUGGAUAGACAAAAUUAUCCAAUAGAGUUUUUACACGAUCAAACUUCAUCUGGCAUGGCACCUCACAAGUUAAACCUAAAGAUUGGUGCAAUAGUUAUGCUACUUCGCAAUUUAAAUACCAAACACGGCCUUUGUAACGGUACACGUUUAAUUGUGAAGGAGCUUAAACCUAACCUUAUAAUUGCAGAGGUUUUGACAGGGCCUGCGCAGGGAAACAUUGUUUUCAUUCCUAGAAUUGACUUAACACCUUCUAACCCAGAUUUGCCAUUUACUCUUAAGAGACGGCAAUUUCCAAUAAAAUUGGCCUUUGCUAUGACAAUAAAUAAAUCACAAGGACAAACCUUGGAUAAAGUCGGAGUUUACCUCCCUGAUCCUGUUUUUAGUCAUGGACAACUGUAUGUAGCAUUGUCUCGGGCAAAAAGAUCAUGCGAUGUCAAGAUGAAAAUUGUUGAUGGCCCUUUGCAAGCGAACGCUUCCGUACCUAAAGUUUUAACAUUUUCUGCAAUUGAAAAUUCGAUAUAA